GUUGGUGGCCUUGUCUCCCCAGUGGUGACGUUUUUACACACACCGCACCGGGGUACUCAUUUGAUGCCGAGUCGACCUAGGGGAGGCCCAGGACCGGUUCAGAUAAUCGCCACGGGUGUUGGUGGCCUCUGAGCGGGGAAUCGAACUCGGCUCGCCGGGUUCGUAGCGCAGCGCAGCGCUACUAACGCCGCUGCCACAUCGCUGGUCACCAUAGGAACCUCAUACACACAACAACGCUCACUCUCGCACACACACACAACACUCUCGCACACACACACACACAACACUCACACACACAACACGCGCUCAUACUUCAACUGUUCAUGAUCGCUUCGACCUCCUCCGCGACUUGAUACCGAGAGCAGCGACAAGAAGGAGACGGAGCGACAGCAGGCGGAGCCGGUGAUCUGGGUUGUCCAUCAUGAACCGGAGACACGAGGGGAACGAUCCGGUCCUCCGUACGCUGGCUCGCGAGCUUCGCAGAAUCCAAGGCGACAUCGAAGCUCAUAUUCCAGCUGAUGAAGACGCCUACCACGAGAGGAGUUCAGCACUCGACCCGCCUCCUCGUCGACCCCAGCGCAACUGCGCGAGUUGGGACCCCUGGGAGCCACUGGAGGAUGAGGUGGAGGUGGACGCCUCCUCGAGUCCACCACGAAGGUGCAGGUGGAAGUCGCUCGCCGCGGACGACGCUCGCUCCCUUCGGCGAGAUUUGGCCGUCGACCAUCGAAUCGCCGUCGCUGAGAUUCACGCCCAGAACCGGGAGCUCGAGGAGGCGAAGCGAGUGCUUGGACAGCGCAUCGAGUCCCUGCGAGCGAGGCCCAGGGAGCCCGAGGCGAGCCCGCAGGGCCUCCGGGAGACCCUGCAGGAGUUGGGCUCCCAGGGGAAGAGGACGCAGCGGCAGCUGCAGGCGCUCAGGAAAGACGUGAGGCUUCUGCAGGCCGACGUGGGCAGGAUGCUGUUUGGCCAGGUGGAUGGGGGGCCUGUGGCCCCCCGUGACGAGCCGGGCCCCCCACACAAAGUGGAGCCCCUUGAGCCCCCCACUCACGAGGCGCCGGUCUACACGGGGGGGCGACUGUCAGCCGAGAUCAGUGCGUUGCGGAUGAUGUACGCGCGGGGAGGGGGCGGCAACGCCGCGCGUGUUGGACGCCCUCAACGAGCUGCUGUGCCGAGCCCAGGCCGCGGAGAUGGGUGCGAAGGGAGGCGCCCAUCUCCCCGAGGCCCGCCAACCCCGCCGGCGACACCGCAGGCCCCCCCGUGA